AUGCAGCGCUCACCAGAGGACGUCGUCGCCCCGCCGGCGCCGGCGCCGCCGCUGGACGACGAAGGCGAGCUGAGGAGGGCCGAGGCUAACGGGUUCCAACUGUUCCUGGGCAACCUCGGCGCGGAGGUGGACGAGGCCUUCCUGGCGGGCGUCUUCUCCAGGUUCGCCUCCUACGUCCCGGGCUCGGCGCGGGUGAGGCGGGAGCCGGACGGGACCACGCGCUGCUACGGGUACGUCACCUUCUCGGAGCGCCGGGACGCCGCGGCGGCGGUGGCGGAGCUCGACGGCGGGCUCGUCUGGAACGGGCGGGUCAGGCUCUCGUGCUGCCGCCUGCGCGGCGCUGAGGCGCGGCGCCUGCCGGCGGCGCAGCUGCGGGAGCGGUGCGAGGUCCGGAGGCGCCUGAUCCAGGAGCGCGUCCGCCGGCUCGAGGAGGAGAAGCGUCGCGUGGCGCUAUCGAGUUGGAGUAUGGCAGUAUCAAGUAUGCGAUGA